AUGCUGAGUGGGACGAUGAUGGCGAUGUACGGUGGCUUAGGGGAGACCGGGGAGACGACGAAUUCGAUGGACGUGCUCGUCGGGAGCGGGAGCGGGGAUUAUCUGGCGUGGUGUCGACGCGGCGAGCGCGCGAGCGCGGCGCCGGCGGUGGCGAGUGUGGGCGCGGCGGUGCACGCGGACGCGAACAAAGUCAUGUUUCACGGCGGGUACAAGGUUUGGGACGCUGGCAGCGAGUUUGAGGACUUUGCCUCGACGCGCGCGUUUGAUAUGAAGACGGGUGAGUUUGAAUGCCUCACCGCCGGAACCGCCGAAAACGAAAAGGCUGCGCUGGGCCAGACCCACGGCGCGUGCCCGAAACUCCACGGCGCGCACACUGGUAAGCGCGACGAAGAAGUGGCCGUCAUUACCACUAAGCCGAUUCGUUUGCCGAAAGCAGUGGCGAAGAAAGAGACGGCUCACGUCGAGGCCGCGCUCGGUAAACACUUGACUCGCCCAGAGCUUCCCGCGAUCGACGUCGAAGACGAGGAAGACGACGCGACAACGAGCUCUGUUGAAGAAACUACCGAUGGCGAAGGUGCGUCUGAGCUGGGCAGUGAGUCCAAGCAGCACGCCAUGAUCAUCUUUGGUGGUCGCGACGAGAACGACCAACGCUUGGACACCGUCUACGCGCUCGGUCUCGAAGACAAGAAAUGGCGGAAGAUUGAGUACGAACUUCCAGACGAGCGAGACGACAUGGUGCCCCAAGGACCGUUUGAAAUGCCACUCAUCGUGAAGAACGAGCAUAAAAACGGGAAACCGUUUCCGCUUGGGCGUUCGGGCGCCACCGCGGUGGUGACCAAGGACAAUAAGAUGAUUAUUUACGGCGGCUUUGUCGUCGAGGGCCGCCUCGGUUUCAACGUCGGUGAAACGCUCGUGCUUGAUUUAGAUAAGAUGAAGUUCAGCUACCCGAUGACGAGUGGCUCUAUUCCAGUUCGUCGUAACAAACACUCUGCAGUUCUUGACAACGAGAAUCGCAUGUGGAUGUGGGGCGGUUCGGUUUGGGAUCACACCGGAGGUAGCUCGACGUAUGCGUCCACGGCGACGUACUACGCCGACGUGAGCAACCCCAAGUCCAUCGUAUGGCAUCGUGUGGAAACGAAAGGCAAACCGCCGAGUCAGCGUCGAUUCCAUUCAGCCAUCAUCGUGGACGGCGGCAUGUACAUCAUCGGCGGUGAAGACUAUCGCACUCGGACGUACCUGAACGACGUCCACAGGCUCGACUUGAAGACGUUCACUUGGACGCAGCCCGCUGUUCUAGGUGGUCUCGAAGGUGGUCGAAUCCGUUCGAGCAUGUUCCCGUGGGUAACGGAUGCGUUCAAGAAGCUGGCGCAUCCUGAGGCGAGUUUAGGCAAGUCUCACCACGAGCACACGCACGACGACAAACACGAAGAAGAUUUGAAGCGGAAGGUCUCGAUCAAGGACGCGGAUGAGGAAAAGCCAAAGGAUGAAAAAAAGGACGAAACUAAUGCUUUUUCGAUCGACAUUUCUACGUGCGGCAAAGGUGAACAGGCGCGCGUGCGCACCGGCGAGAACCAGCCUGAAAUUGAGAACUUGAUCUCGGUGCUCGUCGAUGGUUCAACUUUGGCUUCCAAAAACGGAGCUCUCGGCGCGGAAGACCCGACCGACGCCGCAUCGUUGGCAGCUAGUCUCGCUAGCAAUGGCUGGCUUGCAAACACUGCUCGUGGAGCCUCGAUUAUGUCUGAAUCCAGCAUGGUGUGGCGCAAGGCGCCGAGUGUCGGCGAAAGCGAAGGCGUCCCGGGUUGGAUCACUGAUGCCGGCGGGCGCGAUAGUUCGAUCUUGACUGAAACUCUCGACGCAGAUCCGGAUGCGGCGAGCAUCGAGGAGCGAUUACUCGCCGCCGUCAAGGCAGUGUCUAGUGACACAAAACUUAAGUCGAGCGGCGGUAGCGCGCACGCGGUGAAGAAAUCUGAAACCAAGGAACACGAGAAAGCAUCGCCGAAGAAGCGCGUCGACUCAGAAGAUGAAGAUGACGAAAAGAAGACAAAGAAGAGUUCGCAUCACGAGUCUUCGCCUCAUCACAAAUCAUCGCGCGACCACGACGACGAGGACGAAGAUGCCGAGGAGCCUAAAUCCUUGAAAUCGUCGCAUCAUAAGUCGUCCAAAGAGGCCAACCACGAGGAUGACGACGAGGAAUCGGAACACAAGACACAUCACGGUUCUCGCCACAAAGACGAAGACGAAGACGAAGACGAAGACGAAUCACGACACUCGUCUCACUCUCACUCGGCGUCUCACAAGAAGGAAAAGGUUCACCUCUCUGGUGCGGCCAAGAUGCUUCAGAUGAUUCAAUCCCAAGGUGCCGAUGAGGCGAGGCUGGGUCGGGUCGCGAACAUUCGCGCCGGCGACUCGGCACGUCACUUUUACUUGUGGAGCGGCGUCGCUCUGGUGGCGAUCGCUGCGGCGAUUCUUAUCAACCAAAAGAAGACCGAGAAGAAGCAAGAGAGUGACGUCGAGCGAAUUCCCUUAGUUUUGAGUAGCUCGUCGAUCUCUGACUCGCCAAACAAGAGCGCCACGUGGCAGCAAGAAGCGUUAGCUCGCAGAGGGGUCAGGUAUGGCGACGAUUUUGACGAGCCAUAGACAGUUUGUG